AAUCUGUGUCUCAUUGCAUUUACGUUUCCAUAUCGAUAUGUCUAACAUGGUAUCAGAGCCAUCUACCGGCGAUUCUGAUCGCCUCGGUGUUCGUCUUGAUUCGAAGAACUAUGCGGUGUGGGAGUUUCAAUUCCGCAUCUUUGUUGAAGGCAAGGGUCUUCUACCGAUCCUUGAAGGAACCUCUCCACAGCCGAUCGUCCCACCUGCUACUGAGCAGGCUCUGGAGCGCUGGACUAUGAAUAAUGCUCGGGUGAAAACCUGGCUUCUGGGCUCGAUCGACCCUUCCAUCGUGCUGGGUCUCCGUUUGUUCACUACCGCAGCUGAGAUGUGGUCACACCUCCGCGCAACGUACACGACGUCAAAUACUGCUCGCGAGUUUGAGAUUGAAACUGAAUUGGCGGCUUUAAAACAAGGCGACAUGGAUAUAGCCACCUAUUACAAUCGAUCAGUCCAGCUUUGGACGGAGGAAGACCUCCUGUCAACAUCCCUGCGAUCUGCUGCUCUUUCUGAAGACGUCCGCGCAGAACGAAACCAAUCCCGGUUGCUUCGGUUUCUGAUGAAAUUAAGGCCAGAGUUUGAAUCUGUCCGAUCCUCCCUGCUCAACCGUGAUGACCUCAAGUUUGAGGGGGUUGUCGGGCGCCUCCUGCAAGAAGAAACCCGGCUUCGGACCCAAGAAAAGCUCGAUAUCCGCCCUGGCGCCAGUGAGGCGGUGUUUUCCGCUGAAGCCCGCGCUGCCGAUGACAUCACCGCCUAUGCUGCAACGCGUCCUCAAUUUCAGCAGAGGACCACGGAGCUGACUUGUAGCUUCUGCGAAGAGAAAGGGCAUGUGCAAAAGCUCUGCAAGAAACGCAAUAUUUGCGUCUAUUGUAAACGAUCCGGCCAUAUAAUUAGUGAGUGCCGAACUCUGCAGCGUCGCCAACAAUAUGUCGCACAACCGGGUCGCACGGGGUCAACUUCUUCUCGUCCUGCCCAGGCCGCCUAUGCUGUCCAGCAGGUUGAUACCGCCGCUUCUCCAAUCUCUGUCGAUGCUGUCGAGAAGCUCGUUCAAUCCGCCCUUCAGAAGUCACUUCCAGGCGCCAUUAAUACCGCCUUUGCAGCCCUCCAAGUCUCAGGUAAAGCUAAACCUUGGCUCCUAGACUCGGCUUGUUUUAAUCACAUGACAAGUGAUCCUUUAUCUUUACGCAAUGUUCGACCGGUUAACAAUCUUCGACUUCAAGUGGCCAACGGGGAACAUAUUUCAGUUACAGGUGUUGGGUUGGUUUCCCAGCCGCGGGUUCAAUUGAAUGAUGUGAUGCAUGUCCCGAAACUUACUCCUAAUCUUGUUUCGGUGGGCCAGUUAAUUGAUGAUAACUGCUCGGUUUUGUUCGCACCCUCCGGGUGUUUUGUGCAGGAUCUGACGACGGGGAGGCUGAUCGGAAGAGGGAGUAAGAAGGGUCGCACCUUUACAUUAGAGGAGCUCUCGAGUCGAGGAUGUCUCUCUCCUUCUGAGUCUUUACCGUUACCCCAGGUGUCUAGCGUGUCUCGUCCUAUGUCAUUCUCGAGUACUCCUGUUGUUUUUUCUAGUCAGUCGGAUAAUUCUUGGACCCUUUGGCAUAAUCGGUUAGGUCAUCCCAAUUCCAGUCGUUUACAGUUCAUGUUUAAACAGCAGUUGCUUGGUAAUAAAUCAGUUGUUUGCUCAUCUAAAUUGCCCUGCUCUAGUUGUGUUGAGGCAAAGGUCAAAAGUAUAUCAUUUCCAUCCAGUAGCACAGUCAUCACAGAACCAUUUCAUUUGAUCCACACUGAUUUAUGGGGCCCUUCUCCCAUAACGUCACGAAAUGGCUACAAGUACUUUGCUCUUUUUAUUGACCAUGCUACACGUUACACGUGGGUCUAUUUCCUCCACCUCAAGUCUGACUUAUAUGAGGUUGCUACUGAGUUCUUGACCAUGAUUAGAACCCAAUUUGGCAAAAAUGUGAAAAUCAUUAGAUCCGAUCCCGGCGGAGAGUUUAGCUCAAACCCUUUGCUUGCAUACUACAAGGCGCAUGGUAUUCUGUGUCAAAAGUCCUACCCUGGUGUAUCGCAACAGAAUGGCGUCGUGGAGAGAAAAAAUCGCCAUUCUGUUGAGCUGACACGAGCUCUCCUUCUUGCUUCUUCUGUCCCUACUCGAUUUUGGCCAGAGGCGGUUUCUACUGCCAUUCGAUUGAUCAAUUACCAAGUAACUCCUGUUUUAAACAACCAGAGUCCACAUUUUGCUCUUUAUGGCAACCAUCCUGACUACUCCCGUCUCCGUGUGUUCGGGUGUCUGUGUUUUGUUCUCCUUCCCCGUCGUGAGCGUCAUAAACUCUCUUCGAAAACUGUUCGUUGUGCUUUCCUUGGCUACAGUGACAUUCAUAAGGGUUAUUUGUGCUAUGACCCCUCCCUAGGUCGUAUUCGUAUAGCGUGUCAUGUUGUCUUUUUCGAAAAUGUCAUGUUUUAUGAGUCCUCCUCUUCCGAGUCAGUUUCCUUACUGUUUUCCUCGACUCAUUUGCCCUCUUUUGGUGAUGACAUUGACUAUGAUGGUGCUGAACUCCCUCCCGAUAUGCCUCCCCCCUCACCGACCUCGACACUACCGAUGGACUCGGCUCCACCCUCGCCGACCAGUUCCAGCUCAUCAUCCACGCUGCCCACUGUGUCCUCCCCAGCGGUGACUGCGUCGGCCAGCUCGUCUUCAGCGCCCGGGUCUGCUUCUCCGUCCAGCUCCGCGACGUCCCACCAGCCUCCACCUGCUGCUACUCGCCAUUCACGCCGGGCUAAUUUUGGCCAGCCGCCAGCUCGCUUUGGUGACUUUGUGGCCCAUGCUGUCGCCUUCAUUCCCAUACCUACGAGGUAUUCUCAGGCCAAGGGUAACCCGGACUGGGACAAUGCCAUGACUGAGGAGUUUAAUGCCCUUGAUGCCAAUCAUACUUGGACGAUUGUUGAUCGUCCCCCGCCAGGUGUCCCCGUUGUUGGCUGUCGAUGGUUAUAUAAUCUCAAGUUCCACCCAGAUGGCAGCCUUGAACGCCAUAAGGCUCGGGUUGUGGCACAGGGAUUCACACAGGAGUAUGGGAUCGAUUUCGAUGAGACAUUUGCACCGGUGGCCAAGAUGCAGACCGUUCGAACCUUGCUUGCAGUUGCUGCUCUCCGCAAUUGGCCGCUUUAUCAGCUCGACAUUAAAAAUGCGUUCCUUCACGGGGACUUGAAGGAGGUUGUUUACAUGGAGAUUCCUCCCGGUUAUCCCAGCGGCUCCCCCGAUCAGGUCUGUCUUCUUCAUCGCUCCCUGUAUGGCUUGAAGCAAGCUCCUCGAGCUUGGUUCGAGAAAUUUCAGUAUACCAUUCUGAGCUUCGGAUUCCAGCAGAGUCAAAAUGAUCCAUCCUUAUUCACUCAGUCCACUUCUCGUGGUCGUGUUGUCUUGCUGAUUUACGUUGAUGACAUGAUUGUCACGGGUGAUGAUGAUAUUGGUAUUGCGCAGCUUAAAGCUAAUCUCCGGGCCGCGUUCAGUCUAAAGGACCUUGGCUCCCUUUCCUAUUUUCUUGGUAUUGAAGUUCACAGGUCUAACCGUGGCAUCCUCCUUAGUCAGCACAAGUAUGUUAAUGAUUUACUUGAGGAACAUCGAUUUGCGGAUUGUAUGCCGGUUCGUACCCCGAUUGAGCUCAAUCUUAAGUUGGGGAAAGAGUCUGGUGAGCUAUUGGCCGAUAGUCGUCUAUACCGGAGUAUCGUGGGCAGUCUCAUCUAUCUUGUCGCUACUCGGCCGGAUAUAGCUUAUGCAGUGCAGUUGGUUAGUCAGUUCAUGGCUGCUCCUCGUGUUGAUCAUAUGGCUGCAGUUCAUCGGAUUCUUUGAUAUCUCCAGGGGACGCAUGAUGUUGGUUUGUUCCUUCCAUCCUCUGGUGAUUUAUGCUUACGUGCUUACUCUGAUUCGGAUUAUGCAGGCUGUAUAGAUACCCGACGGUCCACGAUAGGCUGGUGCAUUCAGUUAGGUGAUGCCUUUAUCUCUUGGAAAUGUAAGAAGCAAGACAAGGUCUCCAAAUUGUCCACGGAUGAUGAAUACCGUGCCAUGUCUGAUGCUGGUUCUGAAUUGGAGUGGUUGCACCGUCUGUUGGGUGAUCUUGGGGUUCGCAUUCCCUCUCCUAUGACCUUGCACGUGGAUAACACCAGUGCCAUCCAGAUUGCUGUUAAUCCCGUUCUCCAUAACCGCACGAAGCAUAUUGAGGUCCA